GGAGUACAGAGAGCUUGUGUGGUCAGAUAGUGCAGAGCAUGCAGUUGGAGAAACCUUUUAUUUGUAUUCCACUGACAGAACCGGAGACUUCUAUUAUAAUUGCUCAGAAUACAGUUUUGACCACUAGGAAACUGGUUAGUGUGCCACAGCGUCUGUGCGAUGCUCUAUUGCGCAUGUAUAGAUAAUACUGAGUAUAAUUAGUAACUGCAGCCUAUGGUCACAUUCUGUUACUGCAGUAUUGCUAAAGUGACAAUAGGGCUACAUCAGGACUGUGACGUGUGAUUCAUUAUCAGUAUCUAUUGUUUGUGCCAAUAAGUAGCCAAGUGCAAUGGAUAGUAAGUACAGGCCUAUCCCCCUGCGCUGCUUGCUAAUGACUAUCAGCAUGGGGGUCCUGUUGAUUCUUCUCUGUGCUGGACCUGCUUGCACUCACAAGAACAGAGGAUCCAAACUCCAAGAUGUUCUAGUCACGGGAUUACCCUUUUUAUAUAUUCCUGUGCCGACUCCCCCACAUACAGAUGACCCAGCAGGAGUGAGCCCAACACAAAAGGUCACUGUGGUACAGCGUCCACCAUGGCCUCCUAGAGAGUCCUGGCUCCUAUUUCUCAGACACUCUGAUCGUACGCCAAGCACCAAAAAGAAAGGGGAAGAAGACCACCUGCGUUCUCGUCGUCCUGGCCCAAUCGGACCCCCAGCACCCCCAAAGCAUAAUAGUCACUCAAAUACAGUUUCCCAUGAGAAGCGAGUACAUCAGUUCCUGCGACUGCUGAGCGAACUUGUGAGAAGGCAGAAUGGUAAGCAUACAACAGGACAAGGCAGGUCUGAGACCGUACCUGCUGCUUUCACUUGCAAAACAGAACAAGACACCAACCUGGACCCUGAAGCCCAUAUGGAGUUACGGCUUUACCAUCAGCCAAAGUUAGAAGGAUCGUUCCACCGAGGAUCUGGGUUCAGCCUUACCAGCGGACAAUACACAGCUCCAAUUAGUGGCAUUUAUAUAUUCACUGCCAGACUGGUAAUUGAUAUACCAAAGCUGGAAGAUAUGGACAAUAUUCAUGGAUUCCUUAGAGUCCAAAUAUGCAUCCAGUCUCUCUGCCAAGAAAACUUGUCCCUGCAAAAUACAGUGAGUCUCAACAGCAAUGAUGUCCAUCGCACAGUGACUGUGAACGGAGUCUUAUACCUACAGGCAGGACAGUAUGUAUCCGUUUUUGCGGAGAACAGGAUGGAUUCUUGGCUCGUGGUGAAAAAGGGUUCUGAUUUCAGCGGCGUGCUGAUUGGUCAGUGAUCACAAAUCAUUAUUCCAUGGAUAUUGAAAGCAGAUUUGGUUCUGCGUGUAUACAAGCUGCUCCCGCAGUAAUACUGGUGACAGUCUGGGCCAUGAGUGAUCCAUCUUACUGAGUAUCAUCGACCUGAAAUAUUUCUUUUUGUGGAAAUUAUAAGCACCGCACAAAUAAAUUGCUGGAGAUUGAUUCCACCUGCUUGAUUCUGCCACAUUUACAUAAAAACUGUCACGCAAGAGGGCUGCAUUAAUCAGAAUACUAAAGAACCACUUUUUUUUUUUCUUUUCCUUUCUUUGAGACAUCAAAAUCUUCUGCUAUUGUUCAGCAUUCUAAUAUAUUUUCAACAAUUUAUUCUAAUUAAGCUUUUUUCUCGUCCCUUGAACACAAUUCCUGGCAUGCAUCUUACCACCUCAUUCCUAAAUUAUUUUGUACUGGAUAAAUAUUAAAGCAUUCACUGAACAGUUUAUAAAAAGCUAUCUAAAGAUAUAGUUGUACUGUUCUAACUUUAUGCAUUGUUGGUGCAAUAAGGGAGGCAGUUUGCAUGAAACAUUACAUCUAUGUUAUAAUAAAUGUAUCUGGGCUGUGGAGGAUGCAACCGCUAGCAAAGAAAUACAAAUGCAUUGAAUGAUAUGGGAGAGGCAAAUUAAAUAAGGGAUAUGAUGAUA